CGCUCUGUCGGUUGAACCUACAGACGUGGAUUCGGUGCUGCUGCUGAUAAUGUUCACGUCCGGUUAUAGUCACACACCAGCAUCUCUGCUCUAGCAGACUUUUUUAACGUCGGUCACCUCUAAGUCUACUGACAAACGGGGAUAUAUUAUAUUCUCUCUUUUUCAUUUUCUCUGUCGCCAUCUCUCCGUCGCUUAUCGGUGAGAAAGAGGCUCGUUUCCCCGAGGAAGAGGGCAGCCUAUAGCGGUGGCCAAGGGCAUUUACUCCGUGGUCUCGUUGUCUGGAUGAUUUCUGAUUCUGGUGAUUUUCACAAUAUUUUAUUUGAAUCAUGGCGACUGAUUCCCCUGCCCGGAGUCUGGAUGAGAUCGAUCUGUCUGCUCUACGGGACCCAGCAGGCAUCUUUGAGCUGGUGGAGUUGGUGGGCAAUGGAACCUACGGACAGGUGUACAAGGGUCGUCAUGUCAAGACAGGGCAACUUGCAGCCAUCAAGGUCAUGGAUGUCACCGGGGAUGAGGAAGAGGAGAUUAAAGCAGAGAUCAACAUGUUGAAGAAGUACAGCCACCAUCGGAACAUUGCCACCUACUACGGUGCCUUCGUCAAGAAGAACCCUCCUGGCAUCGACGACCAGCUAUGGUUGGUGAUGGAGUUCUGUGGGGCGGGCUCAAUAACAGAUCUGAUUAAGAACACCAAGGGGAACUCACUGAAGGAGGAGUGGACUGCCUACAUCUGCAGAGAGAUCCUCAGGGGUCUGACCCAUCUCCACCAGCACAAGGUCAUCCACAGAGACAUCAAGGGUCAGAACGUGCUGCUGACGGAGAACGCAGAGGUCAAACUGGUGGACUUUGGUGUGAGCGCCCAGCUGGACCGGACGGUGGGGAAGAGGAACACCUUCAUCGGGACUCCCUAUUGGAUGGCUCCUGAGGUCAUAGCCUGCGACGAGAACCCUGAGGCCACCUACGACUUUAAGAGUGACCUGUGGUCUCUGGGUAUAACAGCUAUAGAAAUGGCAGAAGGAGCCCCUCCACUUUGUGACAUGCACCCAAUGAGAGCUCUCUUCCUCAUCCCACGAAACCCCGCCCCCAGACUCAAGUCCAAGAAGUGGUCUAAGAAGUUCCAGUCGUUCAUUGAGAGUUGCUUGGUGAAGAGUCAUGGUCAGAGACCCAGCACAGAGCAGCUGUUGAAGCACCCCUUCAUCAGAGAGCUGCCCAACGAACGACAGAUCCGCAUCCAACUGAAGGACCACAUUGACAGAACCAAGAAGAAACGUGGAGAGAGGGAUGAGACAGAAUAUGAGUACAGCGGGAGUGAAGAGGAGGAAGAGGAGCGAGACGUGGGGGAGCCAAGCUCCAUCAUCAACAUCCCCGGUGAGUCGACAUUAAGGCGGGACUUCCUGCGUCUGCAGCUGGCCAAUAAGGAACGCUCUGAGGCUCUGAGGCGCCAGCAGUUGGAACAACAGCAGAACGAGGAACACAAACGCCUCCUACUGGCCGAACGACAGAAACGCAUAGAGGAGCAGAAAGAACAGAGGAGGAGACUGGAGGAGCAACAGCGCAGGGAGCGUGAGUUGAGGAAGCAGCAGGAGAGAGAACAGAGGAGGCGCUAUGAGGAGAUGGAACAACUACGGAGAGAUGAGGAGAGGAGGCACGCGGAGAGAGAACAGGAAUAUAUCCGUAGACAGCUGGAGGAGGAACAGAGACAGUUAGAGAUCCUACAGCAACAGCUUCUACAGGAGCAGGCUCUACUGCUGGAGUAUAAGCGUAAGCAGAUUGAGGAACAACGUCAAGCCGAGAGACUCCAGAGACAGUUACAACAGGAGAGAGCCUACCUGGUGUCUCUACAACAGCAGCAACAGCAACAACAACAAAACCAAGAUGGCCGACCAGGCGAGAAGAAACCUCUGUAUCACUAUAAAGACUCAGCUAGUCCUACUGACAAACCUGCAUGGGCUAAAGAGGUCCUGAAGCAGCAGACACACCCCCAGAGCCACUCACCCCGCCCAUUCCUCAGACAAAGCCACUCCUUCAACCAACCUUCAUCCCCCAUUCCCUCCCACGCCAACCUCCCUCGCCGAGCCCCCUCCGACCCCACCCGCCCCCCUCACAUCCGUAUCUCCCUGGAGACCAGGGAUCUAGUAGAUCCUGUUCUGAAACAGGAGAUCAGCCAGCAGGUUAGAGAGAUGAGAGCUCAGAAAGCCGGUCAGAGGGUGGUCAGACAGAAAGAAAGAGGACGCAAUACCGGAGCCAACCACCAGGGGGUAGUACAACACAACAACCGGGGGCCAAAAGGGCCUAGCCGAGCUGGUCAAAAGGCUGGUCAGCAAGACCGAGUACGCAGUGCCAGACCUAAACACCAAGGGCCACAACCCAACCCCAACCAGGGGCCACAUCAUAAUGGGAAGGGGCAACAGGCUGGCUUUAACCGAGGCCCCAGCCCUAACCCCAACCACAACCAAUCUCAAAAAGAGAGCCCCAUCUCUAAUCCCCAAGCCCCUAACCAAGAGGCCCUCAAUGGGCCAGCCUGGGCACCCAGCUCCAGCCCCAACCAGGGACAUAACCUGGGGGUGAAAGACCAGGGGCAGAUAUGGGUGGAGGAGCGGUCCAAGCUGAACAGACAGAGUUCUCCAGCGCUACAGCAUAAGGCCGUCUCCAGCCGGGUCUCUGAGGCCUCCCUGCCUCCUCGCUCCGAGUCCUUCAGCACUGCAGGGAUGCAGCCGGCCCGCACCCCACCAACACACCGCCCAGUUGAACCACAGAUGGCCCAUCUGAUUCCAGUGAAGACCAUGACAGGCUCUCAGUCUCUGCAGGAGAGCAGAGGGGGAGAGGCGGGGGGGAUGGGGAGGAGAGGGGAGGAGGGGGGAGGCAUGCCCCCCCGUCAGAACUCUGACCCCACCUCUGACUCGAACCCCGCCCCUCCACCUCGUACCACUAGCCGAGAGGACGAUGAGCUUCCCCCUAAGGUCCCUCAGAGAACCACCUCCAUCUCCCCAGCCCUGAUGAGGAAAAACUCCCCCAACGGACAGGGACUCAUACGAGACAGUAAUCCAGACCUGAGAGCAUCAGAGUUGUGUCUGGAUACUGCUCUACAGAGGUCCUCUCACUCCUCCUCCUCAUCCUCACCUUCAUCACAGAGAGGUCCACCAGUCCAGGAGACCUCCCCCCCAGCAGAAGCCAAUCAGGAGGUCAGGAUCAGACCGGAGGAGGGGCGAGACUCAGGCAGACCCAGCAGACCUGCCAGCUAUAAGAAAGCCAUAGAUGAGGACCUAAGUGCGCUGGCUAAGGAGCUGAGAGAGUUGAGGGUAGAGGAGGGCAGUAGACCUCCAGUGAAGGUGAGAAAGGUGACGGACUACUCAUCCUCGAGUGAGGAGCGGUCAGAGAGCAGCGACGAGGACGGAGAGACGGGGCAAGAUGGGACUGUGGCCGUCAUGCCACAGCAGGGUGAAGCAUAUGGAGGUUUGACUGAAGAACCUCUGGCGGGCUCCUUCAACACAACACAGGACAGCACUCUGAUCAUGACAGAGGCGGAGGAGAGGAGUAGGGCACCAGGCCAUGGUGAGAGUAACGGGUUUCAUAGCAACCAUCACGGCAGCGGUAACCAAGGCAAUCUCCCUGACCUGGUCCAGCAGAGCUCCUCCUCUUCACCCUCAACCCUGGAUGCACUGAAAGAGCAAUUUGGAUCUAAAGCCUCCUUCUCCCCAUUCGGUGACCCACGGUCCUAUCAGACCUCCCCUACUGAAGACGAGGAAGAGAGCUCAGCUGGUCUGUUCGCCAGUGAGUUGCUGCAUCAGGAGCAGGCCAGACUAGCCGAGGCCAGAAAGAUCAGCGUGGUCAACGUCAACCCAACCAACAUACGACCUCACAGUGACACGCCUGAGAUACGCAAAUACAAGAAGCGCUUCAACUCUGAGAUACUGUGUGCUGCUCUCUGGGGUGUGAACCUGCUGGUGGGGACAGAGAAUGGUUUGAUGUUGCUUGACCGUAGCGGUCAGGGGAAGGUCUAUAACCUGAUAACCAGGAGACGCUUCCUACAGAUGGACGUCCUGGAGGGACUUAAUGUCCUGGUUACUAUAUCAGGGAAGAAGAAUAAGCUGCGUGUGUACUACCUGUCCUGGCUGAGGAACAGGAUACUCCACAACGACCCAGAGGUGGAGAAGAAGCAGGGCUGGGUCACUGUAGGAGAGCUGGAGGGCUGCGUACACUACAAAGUUGUAAAGUACGAGAGGAUCAAGUUCCUGGUGAUCGCUCAGAAGAACGCAGUGGAGAUCUAUGCCUGGGCCCCCAAACCCUACCACAAGUUCAUGGCCUUCAAGUCAUUCACUGACCUGCAGCACCGCCCCCAGCUGGUUGACCUGACGGUGGAGGAGGGGCAGAGGUUAAAGGUCAUCUACGGCUCCAGCCUGGGCUUCCAUGUCAUCGACGUCGACUCUGGCAACCCUUACGACAUCUACGUCCCCUCACACAUUCAGACCCAGGUGACUCCCCAUGCCAUCGUGAUUCUUCCUAAGACAGACGGGAUGGAGAUGUUGUUAUGUUAUGAAGAUGAGGGAGUCUACGUCAAUACCUACGGACGCAUCACUAAAGACGUCGUGCUGCAGUGGGGAGAGAUGCCUACUUCUGUUGCAUAUAUCCACUCUAGCCAGAUCAUGGGCUGGGGGGAGAAGGCCAUAGAGAUCAGGUCUGUGGAGACAGGACACCUGGACGGGGUCUUCAUGCACAAGAGAGCCCAGAGACUCAAGUUCCUGUGUGAGAGGAAUGACAAGGUGUUCUUUGCGUCAGUGAGGUCUGGAGGCAGCAGUCAGGUCUUCUUCAUGACCCUCAACCGUAGCUCCAUGAUGAACUGGUGAAACUAACCCCUCCCACUGUCUUCCCAUUGGCCUGCUCAGCUGUCCAUCACGGGCCAAGGCUAAUUUCAUAAGCCAAUUAAAACAAUGGACCAAGAGAAUCAAAUCGCGACCUGAAUCAAAGAAGUGAAUUGAAAAAUAGGAGAGUCCAACACUGAAUCGAAACUGAGAGAAUCAAACACUGAAUGACUCGAACGCUGAGAGAAUCAAAUAUCAAAUCAGUGUGAAAGAAUUGAAGUGUAAAUGAAUCAGGCUCUGAGAGAAUCAAACUUGAAGACAGUGAAACACUGAGAGACUACAACACUGUAACAGACUUGAAGGACUAUAAAGAAUGAAAUAAUAAAGAGAUACAUGACUAUUAUGAAGAGGAGUCUGAAGGUAGAGGAGUGUUUGGAUCAACGGGGGCGUUGGUUCCUGGUUUUCCAAGAUCUCGACUACCGUCUGUGGAGACGAACCGGAACUUCCGGAUCCUAAUCUUUCUUUCUCACCUCCACUUCACCUUUAAUAACGUCCCCUCUUUCUCCACCACUCCACCCCUCUUCUCUAAAAUAUCGGCUAUGUCCCUUUAAAACAAAAUCCUUGCCUCUAUCUCCCUCCUCUUCUCCUCCUGUCCCUCUGUCUCCCUCCUCUUCUCCUCCUGUCCCUCUAUCUCCCUCCUCUUCUCCUCCUGUCCCUCUGUCUCCCUCCUCUUCUCCUCCUGUC